AUGGCACCCUCGCUCACUGAAACCGUUGCUCCUGUUUUUCCUGUCGUGGAAGACAAAGUCGCCUUCAAGGGUUUAGAGAGAACUCCAAUCAAGCUCAACAGAGCUCUUGAUGUUUUUGAAUCUUUCGAUGUCACCCCUGUAAUUGGAAGAGAAUUCCCUAAUGCGAAUCUGAGAGACUUUCUCCGCGCUCAAAACUCGGAUGAAUUGCUUCGCGAUCUCGCUGCCACCAUCUCCCAACGAGGUGUUGUAUUCUUCCGCAAGCAGGAUGGUCUCGACGAUGACCUGCAGAAGGAACUCGUCCAGCGUCUGGGUGAACUCUCAGGAAAGCCAAAAACCUCCGGGUUGCAUAUCCAUCCGGUCGCUAAUUCAGGACGCGAAGAAAGUGUCGAAGACGAUGAGAUCAGCGUUAUUAGCUCUCAACAGCGAAAGAAACUGUACAUCGACCGCAGCGUCCGCAAGCAGACUGCUCGACGGGAGUGGCAUAGCGAUAUCACUUUCGAGCCUAUCCCGAGUGAUUAUACCCUCUUGCGAUUGACCGAGCUUCCGAGAACCGGCGGCGACACUCUAUGGGCUUCUGGGUAUGAGGUUUACGACCGUCUCUCGGAGCCAUACCAGAAAUUCCUGGAAGGACUCACGGCCACCUACGCCCAACCACGUUUCAACGAAGUCGCCAAGAACAACAACUUCAAGAUCCAUCCCGGCCCUCGAGGCGCACCCGAGAAUGUCGGCGAGGAACUUCGCGCUGAGCAUCCAGUUAUCCGUACCAACCCAGUAACAGGGUGGAAGAGCGUUUUCGCCGUGGGGACACACGUGCAGAAGAUCAACGGUCUUGCGGAAGAGGAAAGCAACCAUCUGCUGAAUUGGUUCGUUAAUCUUAUUGUGGAGAAUCAUGACCUGCAGGUCCGCUUGCGCUGGCAGAAUCCCAACGAUCUCGCUAUCUGGGAUAAUCGAUCGGUGUACCAUGCCGCAACCUGGGACUAUGAAGAGAUCGGUCCACGGACGGGUCAUCGGGCCGUUGGGGUCGGAGAGCGACCCUAUUUGGAUCCCAAGAGCACUGGUAGGCGUGAGGCACUGGCUCAGGGAGAAGAACCAGUGUAG